AUGGGCUCUUGCAAUGUUGAAAUGUUUCGUCAAAAGAAUGAAGAACUUCUCCCUCCUUUUUCAACAUUCUAUUUUUCAUGUCUAACAGAAUAUGUGGCAUGCUUGGAAUCUGUGAUCGAUGCUCUUACCAAUAAAAAGGUUACUUUUGUAGUGCAGGGAUACUUCUCACCAGUUGCAAUCAAAUAUGCUAGCAACCACCAGGAAAAGCUAAACGGUCUUAUACUUCUAAAUCCUCCGCUAACUGUAAAACAUGCCAAUCUGCCGUCAAGCUUAUCUGUUCUGAGUAACUUCUUGUUGGGCGAAAUCUUCAAUCAGGACCCUCUUAGAGCCAGUGAUAAAACAUUGCUGAGUUAUGGUCCAUACCAAAUCAAAGAAGAUGUGGCAAUGGUUUACAGUAGGCCUUAUCUCACAUCUGGUUCUGCAGGGUUGGCAUUAAAUGCGAUAAGCAAGUCAAUGAAAAAACAACUUAAGGGCUAUGUUGAGGAGACGAGAGCAAUACUUAUGGACAAUAAAUGGUCAAUCCAGCCAGCAGUUUGCUGGGGACAAAGAUACCGCUGGUUAAGCUUUGAUGGUGUUCAAGAUUUCUGCAAGGAAUCAAAGCAUCAACUAGUUGAACUUCCUAUGGUAAUGACACUAUUGCAUGACUUUUUUUCUUGGAAAUAGUAUUACAAAUGCAGGGAUUGCUUUCGGGAUGAAAAUCAUAUUCUUGAAAAUGCCUUCUGAACGGGGACUUCUGGUCAUUUGAAAGAGCAUCGCUUAUCAGAAGUUGAUUUGUAUUGAAAAGCUAAAUAUUCUUUAUAUAUUUCUUGUGUUUCAAUGUGUUGAAAAGCUAAAUCAUAUUCGCUCAUUGCUGGAAUUGUUGGAAAA